ACCAAAGCAUUAAAUUCUUAGCCUUUUGGGACACUUUCAUUACCUACUCAAAUUACUUCAAGUAAUAUAUGAUAAUUAAAUCUGAUUAUAAGUUAAGUAGGAACAUAAAUAUGCUAUAAUUAACACAGCAGCUGGGUAGGUGGAGCCAAGCGGUGGCUGCCACUGUAAUUGAUGUGUAUCCAAUUCAUGUAUCAUGUAUGCAUUGAAAUGGGCUGCAUGAAUUGAAUUCAGAGAGGCUCGAAUUCGUGGGACUCUAAAGAUUCUUGAUUCCAAUUCCCUCGAAAAGUGAAGAAUCUCACACUUUUCGAAGCUGCGUCGCUUUGCCUUUUGCUGCCAUUUGCAUAUAAAAGCAGCUCCUUUUUUGUAAUCAGGGUUACUCUUUUCUUGUCUUUUUUAAAAGUCUUUGAUCUUCACAUUGGGCGUCAGGAAAAUGCCCGAGGGAAUAACAGCUGAGGCUCUGAUGAGCAAUAUCAGAGAAACGUUCUCAGAUAGCGUAUCAAAGAACAAAAACGUGUCGUUCUUUGAAGAGGAGAAGUCGAGUUCUGUAACUUAUCAGUUCAACAAAUUGUUUGGACGCGAUAAACCCAUUCACCAUCUUUUAGGGGGCGGCAAAUCUGCUGAUGUGCUCUUAUGGAGGAACAAGAAGAUCUCGGCUAGUGUGCUGACUUCUGCUACGGUUGUUUGGGUGCUUUUCGAAUGGCUGAAUUACAACUUCCUUACGCUCGUGAGCUUCGCGUUGAUGCUCGGGAUGCUCGCUCAAUUCGUCUUGAAAAACGCCUCCGGCAUCCUAAACAGAUCCCCUUCCAAGGUGCCGCGUCUCGUUUUGCCCGAGGAAGUCUUUAUCAACAUCGGGAAGGCAGUAGGAUCUGAGGUGAAUCACGGUUUGAGAUUCUUGCAAGAUGUCGCCUGCGGUGGAGACAUCAAACAAUUUCUAGUGGCCGUCGCUAGCUUGUGGGCUGCUGCCAUCAUCGGAAGCUGGUUCAAUUUCUUGACGGUGCUAUACAUCGGUUUCGUUGCUGCCCACACGCUGCCCAUUUUGUACGAGAGAUACGACGACCAAGUCGAUGCCUUCGUCUACAACUUGCUCGGGCAGCUCGAGCAGAACUACCGGAAGCUGAACGCCGGUGUCCUCAGCCGGAUUCCGAAGGGCAAGGCGGCAAGGACGAAGAAGGCAGAGUAGAUUUUGAAGCAAAAGGCAAGAACAUAUAUAUCUCUAUUCCUUCCAAUAUUUUUUUUUUCGAAUUUGCAUAGGUUUUAAUACAAUGUUUGUUCAGUUACAAUGUUAGGAAUAAUAUUUGGAUUGAGAAGUUGUUGGAUAUUAAAAUGAAAAGAAGCUUGUGUACAAAUAAUUCUCUGUUUUUAGGAAAAAAAUUAACUUAGUUGGCACUGA